AUGCAGAUGAUGUUCUACCUUUACAACCGCACGAGAUCGAUUUCGCAACAACAAAGAGAAACUUUAAAAUUAUUUGAGGGAAACGUUGAUUCGCCGCCGAUACGAAGCACUGAAGACACUGCGGUUGUGGCAAGACUUGAGGAUCCUUCCUUGCGAGAAGUGCUUUGUCGACUUGAUACACAAGCAGAAGACACGCCGUCGACGAAUGGAGAUCUUGUUGAAGGGUGCGAAAAUUUCAGAGCUCUGAAGAUGAACGCAAAUAUGGGAACCUCGAUAUUUAUGCCGACUGUUUGCCACUUCUUGCCAACCAACCGACGAUGUCCGACUAGAUUCCAAAGAAACCAAGAAAGCAGCAUUACUGUCAUGAGAGGAGCGAAUGCAAGAACAUUGCAACCUUGUAAACCUUGCACACCAUAUUGCCAAUCAGCUGGCAAUAUGGUGUCAGAUAGUGCUGCAACGGAAGCACUGACACAUCUGGGAUGA